CAUUUUGUAUAGGAUCACAGCUGAGAUGGUAUUACUGCUUUGUUGCUGCUUUAAAAAACUUUCUUCUUCAUGUAGUACACCUUAGUCCUUAGGACACCUGUUUUAGCAGGUUUUCCUUGUUGCAGAUGAUUACGUUUCCCUGUGUCAGCCUUUUAAUCACUUUUUAAUCUACAGCUGAGUCACUUCUCUCUCCAUCCUCUACCCCUGUAGCAGUGUGUAAUGCAGUUAGAGAGUAAUUUGCUGUUUAAGAAGGUGGAGGCUGAUUUGUUCCUUUUCUGCUUGGCUUGCUUUGGGCCGUGUCUUAUGACAAUAUGGAAGAAGUGAGGAAGGAAGAGGUGGAAGAUAACACCGACAUCAUCAUGGAGGGGGCUCUGAUAGCCCGGGACAGAGUUGGGGUGCAGGACUUUGUGCUUCUGGAUUCCCACACCAGUGAGGCUGCUUUCCUGAACAACCUCCGCAAGCGAUACCAAGAGAACCUCAUCUAUACAUACAUUGGCACUCUUCUUGUAUCUGUCAACCCUUACAAAGAGCUGGAUAUCUACACAGUGACCCAGAUGCAGCUUUACCGAGGGGUGAACUUCUUUGAACUGCCACCACAUCUAUAUGCCAUAGCUGACAAUGCCUACCGGGUGAUGUGCAGUGAGUACAACAACCAUUUCAUCCUCAUCUCUGGGGAGAGUGGAGCUGGAAAGACGGAGGCUUCCAAGAAGAUCUUGCAGUACUAUGCAGUCACCUGUCCGACUACAGAGCAGCUGCAGGUCGUUCGUGAUCGUCUGCUGCUGUCAAACCCUGUUCUGGAGGCUUUUGGAAACGCAAAAACUCUGCGAAAUGACAACUCGAGUAGAUUUGGGAAAUACAUGGACAUCCAAUUUGACUUUAAGGGAGCUCCAGUGGGAGGGCACAUCCUCAGUUACCUGAUUGAGAAAUCCCGAGUUGUCCAUCAAAACCACGGAGAGAGGAAUUUCCACAUCUUCUACCAAUUAUUAGAGGGUGGAGAGAAGGAUCUUCUCUGCUGGCUUGGGCUGGAGCGCAACCCUCAGAAAUAUGCUUAUCUCAUCCAGGGUCGAUGUGCCAAAGUGUUUUCUAUUAAUGACAAGAACGACUGGAAAAUAGUCCGCAAAGCCUUUUCUAUCAUUGACUUCACUGAAAAAGAUUUGGAGCAUCUCUUUGGAAUAGUUGCUAGUGUGCUGCACCUUGGGAACAUUCAGUUUGAAGAGGAUAGCAAUGGACAUGCCAUCAUUCGCAAUGGUACUCAGAUCAAGUGGAUUUCAAAGCUCCUGGGUGUCCACUUGUCCAUUCUGCAGGAAUCCCUCACCCAUCGGAAGAUUGAAGCCCGCUCCGAAGAGGUCUUAAGCCCGUUGAAUGUUGAUCUGGCAUUCUAUGCUCGGGAUGCUGUAGCAAAGGCAAUUUAUGGACGGACUUUCACCUGGCUGGUCAACAAAAUUAAUGGCUCCUUAGCCAACAAGGAUUCAACUCGUAAGACUGUCAUUGGCCUGCUGGAUAUCUAUGGCUUUGAAGUGCUGGACACAAACAGCUUUGAGCAGUUCUGUAUUAAUUACUGCAAUGAGAAACUCCAGCAACUGUUGAUUGAGAUGACCUUAAAGGCAGAGCAGGAGGAGUACGAAAUGGAAGGAAUAGAGUGGGAACCAAUUCCGUAUUUUAACAACAAGAUCAUCUGUGACUUGGUUGAGCAGAAACAUAAAGGAAUAAUUUCCAUUCUGGAUGAAGAGUGCUUACGACCUGGUGAAGCAACUGACUUGAGCUUCUUGGAAAAGCUGGAAGAGAAAGUAGGAGACCAUGCCCACUUCGUGACUCGCAAGCUUGCAGAUCAGAAAACACGAAAAUCCAUUGACUGGGUGGAUUUCCGCCUCCUUCACUACGCAGGGGAAGUCACAUACUGUGCAGUUGGAUUUCUGGAAAAGAACAAUGAUCUCCUGUACAGAAACCUGAAAGAGGUGCUGUGCAACUCUAAAAACGGAAUCAUUAGAGAGUGCUUUCUACUGUCAGAACUGGACAGCAGGAGGAGGCCAGAGACUGUUGCAACCCAGUUCAAAAACAGCCUGAUGAGUCUGAUAGAAAUCCUGAUGUCCAAGGAGCCUUCUUACAUCCGAUGCAUUAAACCAAAUGAGAACAAGGAACCAGGGAAGUUUGAUGAUUGCCUGAUCCGACAUCAGGUGAAAUACCUGGGGCUGAUGGAGCACCUGCGUGUGAGACGGGCUGGCUUUGCGUAUCGGCGCAAGUAUGAGCACUUCUUGCAAAGGUAUAAAUCCCUGUGUCCUGCUACCUGGCCACACUGGCACGGGCCUGCAGCUGAAGGUGUGGAGAGGCUUAUCAAGCACAUAGGUUAUAAGCCUGAGGAAUACAAAUUGGGAAGAACCAAAAUAUUCAUUCGUUUCCCAAAGACUCUGUUUGCUACUGAAGAUGCGUUUGAAAUAAGAAAGCACCUGUUAGUUUCAAGACUACAAGCCAAAUAUAAAGGACGCCUUGGGAAGAGAGACUACCAGAAGAAGAGAAAAGCAGCUAUCAAGCUGGAGGCUUGUUGGCGAGGAGUGCUGGCACGGAAGGAGGCCAAGAGGAGGACCUGGGCUGUUGAGAUCAUCAGGAAAUUCAUAAAGGGUUUCAUCAAUCGGAAGAAACCUCUGUGCCCAGAGAACAUUGAAUUUGUGCGGCUUGUGCAGUACAAAUAUCUCAUGAAGCUUAGAGAUCACAUCCCCAGAAACGUCUUGGACAAGAGCUGGCUCCAACCUCCUUCCAUCCUGGAAGAGAUAUCUGAGAUGCUGCAGAAAAUGUGUAUUAGGAACCUAGUACGGAAAUACUGCCGAGGUGUCACUCCUGAGAGGAAAGUGCAGUUACAGCAAAAAGCUGUCACAAGUGCCAUUUUCAGAGGAAAGAAGGAGGGCUACCAGCAGAGCAUAAACCUGCCCUUUGCGGACACGCGGCUGAAAGAGACCGAUAUAAACCCCAAAGUGCUGCAGCUCAUCCAGGGCGAGAAGGUGAAGUAUGCAACCCCCGUGGUGAAAUAUGACAGGAAUGGCUUCAAAGCACGGGAUCGCCUGCUGGUUCUGACCCAGUCCUCAGCAUAUGUGGUGGAAAUGGCCAAGAUCAAGCAGAAAAUAGACUAUGCCACUUUGAAAGGUAUUUCUACCAGUAAUCUGGGUGAUGGGAUCGUGGUCAUCCAUGUUCCUGAGGACAACAAACAAAAGGGAGAUGUGAUACUUCAGUGUGAACACGUCUUUGAGACGGUCACUAAGCUCUGCAUGCUGGCCAACAAGCAGAACCUUGUUAAAGUUGUGAAGGGAAGCCUUCGGUUUCGCAUUGGCUCUGGGAAGGAAGGGACAAUGGUGUUCACUGUUGGGCCGGAGCCUCAUGUCUUUAAAGCCAAAGAUGGACAGCUUACAGUGGUGUCAAACCAGGCAAAGUCUUGAUGAGAAGCAGUUCCAGUUUCUGGUCACCAGGAAUGGAAAGGAGUCUGCAGGCUGAGACCAGCACCUGCAGUACCCCUGCAAUCUUUGAUGCCAUAGGGUUGCUGUGACUUGAGAGUUUGCUUGCAUCUUUUAGGUACCUUUUUUUUUAUAGCUUAAAACUACUGAGUUGUAUCUAAAUAAAUUCAUCACCUUGC